AUGGCUACUCAAGAGCAAAAGAUAACCGAAGACACUAACCCAAUCAACGAAAACGCAACAAUCACUGCAAUAAAGCUGCCGAUGCCAACAUUAAUAAAAAACAACAUUGACCUUUGGUUUAUUCAGUUGGACUACUGGUUCCAAGUCAACAACAUAAAGGGCGAUACUCAAAAGUUUGGCACAGUUAUCGCAGCAUUGGAUGGAUCGCUGUUAGAACAAAUUUAUAACACAAUACAGAAUCCACCAGCAACUCAGAAGUACGAAGCUAUCAAGCAAGCAAUAAUAAAAAACUUUGCGGAUAGUGAACAAAAACGCAUACAAAAAUUAGUUAGUGGUUUACAGCUUGGGGAUAAAAAGCCAUCCCAUCUUUUAAGCGAAUUGCAACGUAUUAGUGGAAGCAAACAAGACGAACAAUUACUGAAAGGGUUAUGGUUACAACGUCUUCCUGUAGAAGUACAGACAUGUCUAGCCACAAUUCAAGUGGAACUACCUAAGAUGGCGGAAUUGGCAGACAACAUAACCGAAACAAUCCGUAUAAACUCAACAAUGCAAGGAACUUACGUCAAUGCAGCUAACGUCCCUGCAGCAGCUCAAUUUCAACGUGAUGCACAAAUCGAACAACUUCAACGAGAAGUGACCAGACUGACGAAAAUGGUCUCGAAAUUAUCAACCGAACACCGCUCAAGAACAAAUCAACGUUCACGUUCAACAUCCAGAAACCGGCAAUGUCAUGAUGAUAGUGAAGAAAAGACCAGUACAAAUUCCAUGCACAUAUGGCACAAAAAACUAAAACCGACUUCGUCUACGGCGGCAGAGGAAGUUGUAAACGAAACAUCUACAAGACUGUUCGUCUAUGACAAUAAGACAAAAAAAUCAUUCCUAAUAGACACGGGUGCAGAUGUUUCACUUAUUGCCGCCAAACAAAAAAAUUCAAAUACAAACAAUAAGAACGAAAGAAUACUCUACGCAGCAAAUGGUUCUAUGAUCAAAACAUUUGGAGAAAUAGAAAUAACUCUAGCUCUUGGCUUACGAAGAAAUUUCACAUGGCCAUUUAUUAUCGCAGAUGUAAGCACUUCAAUCAUCGGUGCAGAUUUUUUAAAUCAUUUCGGAUUAAUAGUAGACAUAAAAAUGAAACGAUUGAUCGACACAUCAACAAAGAUUUUCUCAGCCGCAAGUGAACGUAAGGUAAAUGCGCAAAAAAUAUCAACUGUGAACACAUCUUGCAAAAUUGCAGAUCUACUAAAAGAAUACAUCGACAUCACUAAACCAACACCGACAAAUCGCCAGGUGACAAAAGUCACUCACCACAUAUUAACAAAAGGUCCACCAAUAUGUGAGAGACCACGUAGGUUACCUCCAGACAAGCUAGCAGCAGCAAAAGAAGAAUUCCAAAACUUAGUCACAGCCGGAAUAUGCCGUCCAUCAAGCAGUAAUUGGGCUAGCCCCUUACAUAUGGUAAAAAAACCAGACGGUAGUUGGAGACCUUGCGGAGAUUACCGUCGCUUAAAUGCAAUCACCAUCCCAGAUCGUUACCCAGUUCCUCACAUACAUGAUUUUGCACACAUGUUAUAUAACCAAAAAGUUUUUUCAACCAUCGACCUGAUUAAGGCAUAUCACCAGAUACCAGUUGAACCGGGGGAUAUUCCAAAAACGGCGAUCAUAACUCCAUUUGGAUUAUUUGAAUUUACUAACAUGACAUUCGGACUUUGCAAUGCAGGUCAAACAUUUCAACGCUUCAUUCACGAAGUAUUACGAGAUCUCGAAUUUGCCUUUGCGUAUAUUGACGACGUCAUUAUUGCAUCAGCAAACGAGGAAGAGCACAGGCAACACUUGCAACAAGUAUUCGAACGAUUCAGAAAACAUGGUUUAAUAAUAAACGUAUCAAAAUGCGUUUUUGCUCAAAACACAGUAAAAUUUCUUGGUUAUCUCAUCAGUGAAAAGGGCAUUCAACCUCUACCAGAUCGAGUGAAGAGCAUCAGCGAGUUCGUACCAAACGCUGUAGAUUCUCAAACUGCACUUCAACAAAUGAUAAAAGGAAACAAGAAGAACGACAACACACCGUUAUGCUGGACCGAAGUGAACAAAACAAUCUUCCAAAAAUGUAAAGAUGAACUAACAAACUCGACACUACUUGUUCAUCCGUCAAAAACUGCUACGCUUGCAUUACAAGUAGACGCCUCGGAUAAAGCUCGCGGCGCAGUUCUUCAUCAAGUGACAGACAGCACGUUCCAACCACUCGGUUUUUUCUCUAAACGAUUAACAGAUACACAAAAACGAUACAGCACAUACGAUCGUGAGUUGUUAGCCGCAUAUCAGGGCAUAAAACAUUUUCGACAUAUGUUAGAAGGUCGUGAAUUCGUAUUAAUAACUGACCACAAGCCAAUCACGUUCGCAUUCCAGCAAAAGUCCGACAAGGCUUCACCACGUCAAGUCCGACAGCUUGAUUAUAUAGGUCAAUUUACAACGAAUAUCGUUCAUGUCAGCGGAAAAGACAACAUCCCAGCAGAUUUUCUCUCGCGGAUAGAUUUUUCAACUGGGCGAAUUCGUCCUUACAUUCCGCAGAAAUACCGGCUACAUAUCUUUAAAGCUACGCAUGGGUUGUCUCAUCCCAGCAUUCGGGGCACAACAAAAAUGAUAGCUGAAAAAUUUUUCUGGCCUUCUAUAAAUGCUGAUAUCAGAAACUGGACCCGACAAUGUAUCCCAUGCCAACGUUCUAAAGUGCAACGUCACAACCGUUCACCUAUUUGUCAAUAUGAACUCGCUGAACACAGAUUCGAACAUAUAAACAUAGAUAUCGUCGGCCCGCUACCACCAUCAAACAACUGCACAUAUAUAUUAACCAUCAUCGACCGUUUCAGCCGAUGGCCAGAAGCAAUUCCGAUCCCAGAUCAAACAGCGGAAACCAUCGCAAACGCACUGAUUACUCAAUGGAUCGCACGUUUUGGCGUACCCUUACGUAUCACAACAGACCAAGGAAGACAAUUUGAAUCUUCAUUGUUCAACCAACUAGCUGAAGUUAUCGGUUGCAAACACUUACGAACUACGAGUUACCAUCCUCAAAGUAACGGAAUGGUGGAACGAUUUCACCGCACAUUAAAAGCAGCCUUAAUGUGCCACCAAACAACUUCUUGGACAGAAGUUUUACCAAUAGUAUUGUUAGGUCUACGCACGACUUUUAAACCAGACAUUGGAGCUUCUGCUGCUGAAAUGCUAUAUGGCCAAACUCUACGUUUACCGGGCGAAAUAGUAAGCAACCCUAGCCACAGAAAUAUAAAUCAACACGAUUUCAUAACCAAGCUAAGAGAACAAAUGCAGAGCGUCAAGGCAACGUUGGUAUCGCAUCAUAUAGAUCGAGGCUACCACAUCCAACCGGCUCUAAGCUCAGCCACGCAUGUAUUUAUACGAAAUGACAAGGUAAAACCACCAUUGACGCAACCUUACGAUGGUCCUUACCAAAUACUAGAGCGAAAUGACAAGACGUUUAGAAUACUGAUCGAAAACAAAGAACAAACAGUUAGCAUAGAUCGUCUUAAAGCUGCUUUCAUAUGUCCCGAUACAGACAUUGACAUCCACAACAAAUCAAUGGUAUACCACACUCCAAACAACGUUAAUGGCGACCAGUCUGUGCGACCAAAUACAACAGCUAACCUGACAAAAUCAGGACGCAACGAAAAUUCCACAAAAUGCGUGCAGCCAUGUCAGUUCAAGAAACCGCGAAAUUCAGCUUUAUCCCGAAUUGAAAGUGUGAUGACUGAAUUCAGACGACCAUUAGACUAUUGUAAAUUGGUAGAAGCGCAGAAAACUGAUCAAGAGCUGCAUGAAUUGUUGAAAAAUCGUGCAUCGUCAUCUCUGGAGCUUGAACUGGUGAAUCUGCUUCUAGAUAAUGUGUCCAUAUACUGUGACGUUUCCGGAAAGAGGGCAAGACCAUUCAUCACGAAAACAUUCCGCAAGCAAGUGUUUGAGAAAUUAUACACUUUAGCUCAUCCUAGAAGAAAAGCAAUAUUAACACUAGUCAUUGAUCGUUUUUGUUGGCCUAAAAUGAAGGCGGAAAUAAGCGAAAUGGAGUUUAAAUCACCAGAUCAACGCUUUGAGCACGUAAACAUUGAUAUUGUGGGACCAUUACCUCUCUGCAAUGGUAUGCGGUAUUGCCUAACAUGCAUCGACAGGUUCACAAGAUGGCCCGUGGCAGUACCGUUGGUUGAAAUAACAGCAGAAAAUGUUGCUGAAGCAUUAAUAAAAGAUUGGAUACCACAUUAUGGCGUGCCAAAAAGAAUUACGACAGACUAA